AUGGCCGAUUUCGAUCGCAGGCAUGGUGGUGGUGGUGGUGGUGGUGGUGGUUACAAUCCAAGAAAGAGACGAUAUCGAGAUGACGACGACAGCUUCGACCGCCGAGGGCCACGUCGGCGCCAUGAUGCGCCCGUCCAUGUGCGCAUCCGCAAGCAACUAUUGAAUCUGGCCGAGUCGCCUCUGCGCCGCUGGCACGAUGAGGUGCUCGGCAUCGCGAACAUGGUCGCCGAGAACUACGAGGACGAGGCGGUGCGGAACAAUUUUGUCGACCUCGUGCUGCAGCUUGUCGUAGAGCAGCCUCUCAAGACGCCCUUCGCCGCCGCCGUGGUGCUUGUUACCAAUACCACUGUGCCAGCGGACGCCAAGAUCGUGGAUGACCUGCUAGCAAAGGCGGCUGCGGCGACGGAGGAGAAGAUUAAGCUGGGCGAGUGGAGAGACGUCAAGCUCUACCUCAAGUUCCUAGCCUGCAUUCAGGGCUGCUUGGAGGGCGAUGGCGUGUUUCCUGUGCUGGAGGAGCUGUUUGCCAGGGCUGUUGACCUGCAAACUGCCAACUCGGAUGAUACCAUUGGUACCGAGCUUGUUAAGAUCAUCUUGCUCACUAUCCCAUACGUCCUAUCGACCGACUCCGCCAAAUGGCUACAAAAGGCUGCAGAUCUCAUGGAAAAGACCGAGAUUAUUGCCUCAGAACCGCACGCCUUGCAGGCUUUGAUCGAUCCAUACAUCCCCGAGGAGAACGAAGAGAGCCCGGCAGCAUCAAUGGGUUUCAUCUUGCUACUGCAGAAGCAGCUUCAGACGGAAGCAGCGAAUGGUUGGCAGCUUGCCUGUCUGCCACGGCCCUGGACGAUGCCGCCAGAGGAGAUUGAGCAACAAGAGAAGCUCGACAGCUCCCCCAAGCAUGCCCUGCCAGCUAUCACAAUCCCCGAGACUGUCGUUGCCGGACCUCGUCCGUUAUUCCCGGAGGUAUUCUUCUCCGUCUACGGUGAUCAGGAUGUUGAGUCUGUACCACCAGUCACGAACAUUGCUGCGUCACUGAUUAGGGACGUCUUGCUGGACACCAUCAACAUUCUCGAUUAUAAUCGCAAUGUCACCGCUAGGUUUCUCAUCGAUAUUGACUGCUUUUUUGCAGACGGCACUUUUAUUAAGCGUGCUACUCCCUUUGACCGACUUCGGGAUAUCGAGGCAGACAAAUCAACCUGGAAGCCGGAGGAUGUGGCUGUGGAUGCUGUUUUCUCCCAGCUAUUCCAGCUUCCCAGUCCUGAGCACAAGCUAGUCUACUACCAUUCAGUACUGACUGAAUCCUGCAAGAUCGCGCCAGCUGCGAUUGCGCCCAGUUUGGGACGAGCUAUAAGAUUCCUCUACCGAAACAGCGUUCGUAUCGACCUUGAGCUGGCCAAUCGAUUCGUCGACUGGUUCGCUCACCAUCUCAGCAACUUCGGCUUCACCUGGAAGUGGACGGAGUGGGUUGAUGAUGUGUAUCUGCCUAGUCUUCACCCAUUCAAGGCGUUUAUCAUCAGCGCGAUCGACAAGGAAAUUCGUCUUAGCUUCGCUCAGCGAAUCAAGAAUACCCUACCAGAGCCCUACCAGCCCCUCAUUGGUCCUGAGAAGGAGAAGGACGUUCCCGAAUUCAAGUUCAAGGACGACCAGACUCCAUUUGCCGCCGAGGGUAGAGAACUUGCGCAGCUUCUAAGACGGAAGGCUCCCGAUGAGGAGAUCCAGCCUGUCAUCGAGCGAAUUCAUUCACUUGCUUUGGAUCAAGGCAUAGAUCCCUUGGUAGCUAGCACGGACGUCUUCACCACAGCUGUCCUCUGGGUUGGGUCAAAGUCCCUCUCACACGUGUUGGCAGCCAUUGAAAGGACCAAGGAUCGUUUCCUCGAUGCGGGCGCCGCCUCUGAGCCAGCCCGAGCACAGAUAAUAUCUGCUGUCAUGGCGUACUGGAGCCCGCAUCCGGGCGUUGCCGUGAGCAUCGUGGAGAAGCUGCUGAAUUACUCCAUCUUGAGCCCAGCAGCCGUGAUUCAGUGGGCCCUCAUCACUUACGCCGGCAAGACUCGCGGCGAUGCAUUGGCACAAGCCCAUGUAUAUGAGCUGGUGUUCAACACCGUCAUCAAGGUCACUGGACGCGUCAGACAAGUGGUUCAGAACCCGAUCCCGCAAGCCGCAAACGGCCAAGAUGUCGACAUGGACGCCGAGGACAUCAAGCAGCGCGAGAUCAAGGCAAUGCGCGAGCUCUUCAAGAUCAUGGAGGACGCACUGGUUGCCUGGGCGGCGGGGAGCAAGGACGAGAUGAUGGAGGACGGACAGGAGGGCGCCGAGCAGCGUAACAAGCUGAUCCAGCGCUGGGGCAACAGAUGGGCGCGUGUGUUCAGGAGACGCUCUGCCAUUGAAGAGGCGUUCCUGCUUGAGGCAGCCAAGAGCAAGCCUGAGCAGGCCGCAGCAAAUGGCGAUGCGUAG